GCCCAAAUGGAGUCCCAGACCCCAUUGCUGCCCACAAGUUUUACCAACUCCAUACUUAUGGCGAUCGAUUUUGACAAUUUAGAAACGGCAAAGACGAUUCCACUGAAAAUCCGGAUUGUCAAGUCGGCUUGCAAUUUUUAAUACUCGGGAUCUUGCUUCUUGCUUCUUCAACUUUCCCACCAGCUCUUCAAAAUACAGUCAGAAAGUUAAAAAGGAAAUUCCUCUUUGGAGAAGUCGUAACCAUUAGCCAAAAGCAUAUGCUUCACAGCUUCCAAAGCUGUCUCCCGCAAGCCCGCACUAUCUUGCUUGUUGGCCAUGAUAUCAGGCAUGAAAUGCAUGCUUUACACAAACUCAAGUUUAACUUUCAUAAGUCGUCAAUAUCUGGUAUGCUUGGUACCUUCAGAAUCAGAGGUCGGGUUUUGCCUGGACUUUUUUCAUUUUACCCUUGCUUCCUUUUGAGCGUGUUCCUUCGAUGGACUUGACAACGGCAGAAAUGAUGCACACUUCACUCUGAAGAGCCUGCUAUUUUAGCGAUCAAAUGCUGCGAUAAUCCAGCGAGAAAUGACGAAAACUUGGCUAUUCUGGAGAAGAUUGCAAAAGCCCAAUUUUAGAAGAGGAAGCCACAAAGGGAGCAAAACGAUUAAAAAGUAGUUACAUGUAUCAAUCCAAAUUCUGAAAAGUUGAAAAAAGGGGAGGGUAUCGUGCAGAACGAAGCAGCUCAGUCCAAGAGCCCUGAAAAUUGAUUGUUCAGCUGGGGAUCAAAAUGCGUAAUCCCCGUGAGUGUGGUCCUUCUCUUGGCCUAGAGCUCGUAGGCCAGUUGACCCCAGGAGUGACCAAGAAACUUGUUCUCC